UGUAUAUUUUCUACUUGUCACAGUGUUUUUGUUGCGUUCAGUUAUUUUUUAUUAAAAAAUUAAUUUUCUAAUAUUAAAAUUAAUCAAAAAAAUAUUCAAGUAAAUUAUUAAAAGUGUUCUUAAAAUUUGUAAAAAUUUUCCAAAAAGUAAUUCAUUAUUUUUACUUUAAAAACUUUCUUUCAAAAAUCUAACAAAUAAAGACAAAAAGGCGAACCAAUUGAAAAAAAUAACAACAACUACACCUGCAGUAUAUAUUUUUCUUAUUGUUUUUGGUUUGUAAUGUUUUAAAUUAAACAUUUGAUUUUACAACCACAACAAAAAAAACUAUACAAAAAUGAUUAACAGUGUCAACGCUUUGGAAUUUUUAAAACCAAAGUUAAUAACAAUGGACAAAUUUAAUACAACUACUACCACAAAAUUACUUCCAACUUCUUCGCUUUCGCAAACGAGAACAUUUGUAACAAUUAGUGGUCAUCAUCAUCAACCAGAAAAGCAACAACAACUAUCAUUUAAUGAUGAUAUUAAACACCAGGAACGUGUUAGAGUACAACAUUUAGAAAAUCAUACAAAAUUACAAAAUAAUAAAUGUUGGAAUAAUUUUCGUACCUUAUACAACAAUAUAAGUGCCUCCUCCGCCACAUCAUCCUCAGGUGUUAAGAAAGAUAACGAUAAUGAAAUAGAUGUUGUAAAUGUUGAACAUUUAUCCCCAACAACACAAACACAAAAUAAUAUACAAAAUAAAAGUGCCUUUAAUUUAGAAAUAAAUAAUAAGAUAUGUUACAAUAACAACAAUAAUAAUAAUAAUAGUAUUUGUGGCAAUAAUAAUAUAAAUUCAACAAGUAUCGUUGGUAGUAAUAAUAACUAUCAAUUCUAUUGCAAACAAUUUACUAAUAAUAAAUAUGGCCUUAUAAAUAAACAAUCUUCAUCGCCAACAACAACAAUGGUUGUAAUGACAGCAACUGAAACACAAACAUCGCCCAACAAUAAUACCCAACGUACGGAAGAUCAAAAUAAUGCUUAUCGUCAUAUUGAAAGUGUCCAUAAUUAUGCUAAAUCAAAGUCCUAUGAAGAUGACGAUGAAGACAAUAAGUCACCUAAUGGUAGUCGUCAUAGCAGUUAUUUGGACGAUGAUGAAGACGACGAAGAUGAUGAUGAAGAAGAUAAUGAUGAUGACGAUAUUGAUGCAGUAUAUGGUAAUGAUGAUGAAACAAAUAUUGAGGAAUUUCCCCAUGAUUUAGAUGAUGCUGCUGACUAUGAAGAUAUUUUCAAUAGAAGAAGAUAUAAAAGAUUACAAAAAUUGUCCACUUCAUCUGAUGGUGCUCUAACAUCUAGAAAUAAUAGAUUGUGCAAUAUAAGAGUAGGAAAUUCUACUAAUUUUGUAAACGUUUUAAAAGACCAUAAAAUUCGUGAUACUGUUAAGAAAAAUGACAAUAAAAAGAAUGUUAAUAAUGAAGAUGAGGAUGUUCACAUAGAUGUUGAUGUUGAAACUGUAGAAUCCCAGUCGUCGCCCAAUCUAUCUGUUGUGGGCACAAAUACUUCUUCAACUAGAGUUAAUAGCUUGGGUGAGGAAUCAGCUGCUGUCGCUGACUGUGCUAAACCUGAUCAUCAUGCUCGUCGUCCUAUGAAUGCGUUUUUAAUAUUUUGUAAACGUCAUCGUGCUAUUGUUAAGGAGCGUUAUAAAAACUUGGAAAAUAGAGCAAUAACCAAAAUAUUAGGAGACUGGUGGGCCUCAUUGGAUGCAAAUGAUAAAAAGUGCUUUACAAAUCUAGCUCAACAAAACAAAGAUGCCUUCUUUUCAGCAAAUCCCAAUUUUAAAUGGUACAAACUACCAGCACCACCUCUACGUACUCUAACAACACGUCCAACCAAUGCGUUUGGUCAAGAGUAUCAAGAAGAUAACAACGAAGCCGCCAAUAAUAAUGCUCUCGAAAUUAUAAGCAAUAAUACACGUAGCUGUAACAGCAGCAAUCAUGGUAACUACUUUAAACUAGCCGACGAAGCACAAAUGGGUGAUUUAAGUCAAUUAAUGCAAGAUAAAUCAAAGGGCAAUAACACCAAAAAAUCUGCUGAUUUACAACAAGCUUUAGGCGAAACAUCACAAUUUAUGAGUGCUCACAUAACAGGUAAUACUGAUGGCCUUGAAGACAAUCCCUUGAAAAGGCGUUUUCACAAUGAGAACAGUUUUUCGAGUAAUAGUAGUGAAGAUGAUAACUUAGAACCCAAAAAGAAAAGCGCAAGAUCUUGUAAGGGUAAGAGAUAUCAAGAAUUAAUAAAUUCUGGACAAAUAGCUACGGCAGUAAAGAAAUCAAAGUCCUCAAUGCGUUUAGCUGGUGGUGGAGGUGAUAAUGCUGAAAUGAUUGUUAAGCAAAGUUUCGCAAAUGUAAAUAGUUGCAAUAGUUCUCUAAAUAACAAUAAUGAUAACAUUGUCUGCCAAAAACGUUCUAUAUCCGAAACGGAAAAUAUGUUGUCAUAUGAUUUGAGUGGUUUUGAUUUAGAGGAAAGAAUCAAAGAAUUACCCGCUUUAAAUUUGGAUGAUUAUUUGCAACGCAAACGCAAUACAAAAAAGAAAAAGAAAUUUUCUACCAAUGGUAAAAAAAGAGGACAACGUGCUAACACUAACAAUGAAAUGAAGACAACACAAACUGCUGCUGCUAAUCAAAACGCCAAACAACAACAACAAACUGCCACUGCUGCAGUGGGCAGUCAAAAACGUAAGGCUCGUAAGGAAAGCAUAACACGCCGUGAUGUUUCGGCCAUAGAACAAGAAGUAGCCUCAUUGUUACCUUUAACUAUAAAUGGUUGUUGUUAUUUUCAAGAAGCGCCCACAACCAUGAAAUACAUAAAAGCAAUGGAUAAAGACAACACAACUGUACAACAAUCACUUAAUGUUUCAACAUCACCAAUCAUUCCUUUACAACAAUUCAACAACAACUCUUCAUCAUCAGUAUCUGUUGAUAUUUGUAAUAAUAUUAACACUAGUAACAACAACAACAACAACACUUUAAAUGACAAUAUAUCGUCGUCUACCUCAGAUUUACUCAUACUGGCCGAAGUAGCUGCCAAUCGCACUGAACUAAAGCAUUAAUGUGUUUUAAAAUUAAAACUAUAUCUAACAAUCAUACAUACAUUCAUAUUUAUAGUGCAAGUUUUUUUACUUGUACAUUUUUAAUAUGAUUUUAUGAUGGUUAUUUUAUAAUAAUAUUGAUAUUUAUUUAAUUCUAAUUCUAGUUAAAUAUGUGUGUUAACUAAUUUAAUAUCAUAAUUUUAUUUACAUUUAUAGAAUGUGCAAUAAUUUGUUAAUUUCUCCUUUUUUCAAACGUUUCUUUUUAAUUUUGUUUUAAUAAGUAAUUGAAAGAAACGAGUUGUCAGAUGUAAUAGAAAUUGAAUUUGUAAGGAAAAAAUAUUGAGCAACUUCCGGGGAGUUUACUCUGUAAAAUGAUUUAGAACAAAAUAUUUGUUUUGUAUCGUAGUACGGAGUAACCCACCUGCAAGUUUUUCUCAAACUUAAAUCAAGCUAAAAUCUAUAUUUUAAUUCAAAACAAUAAUUUUUAUAGAAUUUAAAAAACUGCAUUGAAACCCGUUUCUUAACAUCACAAAAAGAACAAUAUUACAUUAUCCAAAGUUUUAUUUAAAUUUCAAACUUUUAAUUUGUUUAAAAAACUCAACUGUUUAAUUAUUAUUUGUAAAAAGGCAUUUGUUUUUAAUUCUUUAUUUAGUUGGUUCUCUCAUGCUGCCUAAGUUGAAGAAAAAAAUGUUAAAUUUGUUAUCUUAGUCAACAUUAAGUUAUUGGUUUCUAAACUUCUUGUAUAUUAAACUAAAUAGUAGAACUAUAAGUAAAAAUCUAAAUUGUUAUAAUGAUUAUAAUUUUUUAACUAUACAAACCUAAAAAA